CCUAUUGGUUGAAACCCAUAAUAAGAGACGUCAGCUUUCACUAAACAAAGAUAAACUUACCUUCGGAGCGUUGUUUCGACGAAGAUGGAGUGUCUUAUUGGUAAAUACGACCGUUGCGCCAGCUCCUGGAUUUUCGAUGUAGUUUUGGCUAGACUUGACUAGACUGUAACCUACUAGACAUAUACUCUGAUAAAUAUAUAUAUAUAUAUAUAUAUACUAAUAUGUUUGUUAUAUUUAGGCGAAUGAAAAUAAUGAUUAAUAAAUAUUUAAACAAGUGCGAUAGAGAGAGAAUUUAAAAUGUAUGUUGAAGAGUAAGAGUGACAGGCAAAUAUAUAUAUAUACAAACUUUUUAUACGUAUUUAUCAUGUGGAUAUUAUUUUUAAAUUUUCAAUAGAUGGCAGUGCGAUUUUUCUUUUGUUUUGUAUCUUAUCUUUUGGAGUAGAAUUUUAAUAAGUACUAAAUUUUAUGUGAGAGGUUAUUACUCACACGUGUUUUUGACUUUUUUUAAAUAUAAUUGUUGAUAAUUAGUUAAAAAAAAAAAUGCCGAAAGUUAAAACAGAGAAGAAAAGUCGGAUUCAUGAAAAAGUAGCAAGACAAGGUAUUUUAUUCAACACAAAUCUUGGUCAGCAUAUCCUGAAGAACCCUAAGAUAAUCGAGAGCAUGGUGGACAAGGCAGCAGUAAGACCAACGGACGUUGUAAUUGAAAUAGGACCCGGUACCGGUAACAUGACAAUGAAAUUACUUGAAAGGUGUAAAAAAGUAAUUGCUUACGAAGUCGACCCACGUAUGGUUGCUGAAUUACAAAAACGUGUCCAGGGUACUCCUUACAAAUCGAAAUUAUACAUAGAAAUUGGAGAUGUACUUAAGGCUGAUAAAUUACAUUAUUUUGACUUGUGUAUUGCUAAUGUACCUUAUCAAAUAUCAUCACCAUUGAUGACUAAAUUGUUACUCCACAGGCCAAUAUUUAGAUGUGCAGUUCUCAUGUUCCAAAAAGAGUUCGCUGACCGAUUAGUGGCCAAACCGGGUGAUAAUUUAUAUUGCCGUCUCAGUAUCAACACCCAAUUAUUAGCCCGAGUUGAUUUACUGUUAAAAGUUGGUAAAAAUAAUUUCCGCCCACCGCCAAAAGUUGAAUCUAGUGUUGUUAGAGUUGAACCACGUAAUCCACCUCCAGCAAUUAAUUUUAAAGAAUGGGACGGCUUAACGAGAAUAGCGUUUGGUAGGAAAAAUAAAACAUUGCUGGCGGCGUUCAAAACAACUUCGGUGAAAACUUUACUCAAUAAAAAUUACCAAAUUCAUUGCAGUCUUAAUAAUGAGACAAUACCAGAGGGAUUUGAUAUCACUGAAUUAAUUACAGAAGUAUUGACUACAAUGACAAGAAAAGGUGACAAAGUAGACCGUCUCGAAGGAAUGAGUAAAAAACGCGCACGAGAAUUGGAUGUUGAUGAUUUUAUAGAACUUUUGUAUACUUUUAAUAAAGUAGGAAUUCAUUUUGCGUGAUUGUAUACUUCCAAUAAAUUAUUUAUAUAAAAAUAA